UUCUGCGGAUGUCGGCCCUCGGGGUCGGCGCGGAUCCCCGCGGUGCUGAGCCGCGGCCGUGGUGCUUUCAGGACCUCCAGGCCUCGCAGAGCGCCUGCUACUGGCUGAAGGAGGUGCGCUACUCCGACAUCGGCACGCUGGCCUGGAUGAUCACCCUGAGCGCCGGGCCUGCACAACUUCAUCGACGGCUUGGCCAUCGGGGCCUCCUUCACCGUGUCGGUCUUCCAAGGCAUCAGCACCUCCGUAGCCAUCCUGUGCGAGGAGUUCCCGCACGAGUUGGGGGAUUUUGUCAUCCUGCUGACGCCGGUAUGACCAUCCGCCAGGCGGCUCUUCUUCAACUUCAUCUCGGCCUGCUGCUGCUACGUGGGGUUGGCCUUCGGCAUCGUGGCCGGCAGCCACUUCUCUGCCAACUGGAUCUUCGCCCUGGCCGGCGGGAUGUUCCUGUACAUCGCGCUGGCUGACAUGUUCCCCGAGAUGAACGAGGUGAGCGGGAGGACGAGCAGAACGGCAGCGCGCUCGUCACCUUCGCCAUCCCAGAACGCGGGGCUGCUGACGGGCUUCAGCAUCAUGUGCUGCUCACCAUGUACUCGGGGCAGAUCCGCAUCGGGUAGGCCCGGCCCGCUGGAGCCCUGCGCCGGUUUUCCCUUUAUUUUGGGGGGGGGGUUGGGGGAGUUUUUUCUUUCCUUUUCCUGCUGCAAACACCCAUCGGUAGCCGUGCAGGCGCUGGCGUCACGGAACACUACAGAAGAGGCUUUGCUUGCAAAGCUUUCCCACGGGUUCCCGUUAGCACCAGCUGUGGCCCCUGCGCCGCAGGACGGAGCCGAGCCAGCAUCUCAGCACCGCGUUCCUUUUCCCCUGGCGGGCUCGGGGGAAGGACGGAGUCGGGGCGCAGAGGCUGCGCCGCUGCCCCUUGGGUGUUGGAGCUGCGCAAUGCGGUGACGCAGGGCUGGCGCUGGACGCGAGCUGCCUGCUGCUGCUCAGAUCCAACGGGCGCCCAGAGAUGGGGAGCGGGCGGCGAGGGGCGGGCGCCUCUCAGGACUCGGAGAUCCUCGGAGCAGCGCCGGGCCGAGGGCGGCCGUGGGAGCAGAGGAGCUGCGGAGGCUCCGUGAGCACAGCUCACCACUCGAGGCUCUUGUUGCUGCCCCCACAACCGGCCCUGGAGCUGCUCUGCUCCGUUCUGCCCGGGGCGAGGAGGAGCAGGAAGGGGGCUGUUCUAUGGCUGUUCUAUGGCUGUUCUAUGGCUGCUCUAUGGCUGCUCUAUGGCUGUUCUAUGGCUGCGGGUGGCAGCGCUCGCAGCGGAGGAGACCAAAGCACGGCACGCACGGCCUGAGCUGCAGUGCAAUGCAAACUGCUGCUGCUGUGAGCAGAACGAACCUGCUGCUCUGGGAGCAAGGAGGGCAGAGCGCAGAGCAGGGCAGCGAAGCCGCAGCCCCACCAAGGGCGGCCACAGCCUGCAGUGUGAGCACAGACAGCAGGGAACAGAGGCCUGCUUUGAAACGCUGCUGCUGAGGUGCUGGGGGGGGAGGGGCGCCUUGGUGGUUUUCUUUGUUGUUUUUUUUUUCCUAAAACAAACCAGAAAAAGGAAAAGAGACUGCGAACCUCCUCGGGUUGUGCACUGCCAGCCCCUGGAGGAGCCACGGUGGCGCUGGAGGCGCAGUACAGCCCUGCCUCUGUGCUCCCUGGGUGAAUCGGGCCGUUAUCACAUUGAUGACGCUGCCCACCCCUGCGAUUCCUCGCGCCCCUUCCUCCCCCCCCCCAGCAGCAGCGGGGCUUCGUGGACGUGGAGCCCCCUGUGGGAACUGGGAUGGAAAUGGAACUGGAGGUGCUUUGAGCUGAGCGCCUCCGCUGCUCCCUGCCCGUGUGACGGAGCGCUGGGCGUUCAGCCACUGCGGGUCGGAGCCGAGGCUCUCCAAGAUCUUCCACCCGUGUUGGAAGGAAUGGGGGCAGCGCGGUUCCGCUUCACCUCCCAGCUGCUCACCCUGAGAGUGGUGCAGGGCGCCGUCCUGCAGCACCGCUGUGCUUCCAGCAGCUCGGGGAGAAGCUGCCUUGUCCCACGGGGGGCCAGCAGGUUGAACAGCAGAGCUGGAGCCUUGGCAGCGGCCCUGGCCCACGUGGCACCUUUGCAGGACGGGCGCCGGGUGGAAAAGUCAGGAGCUCCAGCGAUGCAGCUGGGAGGGAGGGAAAGUUCUGUGCAGCCUCACCGACACGGUGUGGAAAAACUGACUGCUCGCAGGGAUGGGGUCUGCCUGCCCCCUCAGGGCAGCGUUUGGAAAGCACUGUGCUGCUGCUGCUGGGGCAGAGGGCAGCGCCGGAACCCCGGGGCUGAGCAGGGCCAAGGAAAAGCCUUCAUGCUGGAGGAGAGCGGGGAAAACCUUUGGGCUGCGCCUGAGCACCGCAGCGCUGGGGGUCCUCUGUGUCCCACGGAGCUGAGAACCAACUCUGCAGUGGGGAUGGAGAGUCCACGUCCUCAUCUCGUGUUGAAUCCCAUGUUUUGCCCGUUGACUCGAGACGUCUGCAGCCCAUCCACGCAGCCCUGGAGGAAGGAGCUCCUUGCAGAGGGCAGCCCCCCGUCCCCGAAGGGAUGCUGCUGGUUUCUGGGUGUUCUGGGGGGGAGGAGACGCCCCCCUCAGCCGAGGGCCGGUGGGAGGAGCUGCAGCCUUUGCACGGCACUGACUUUGGAUUUGUCCCGUCGUUUCCACGCCCAGCAGCAGCUCAGGCCCCAUCUCAGUAUUUUAUAACUCAGGUGUUGUCGAAAACCAGGAGCGUAAGGCGGUGCUGCGCGAGCUGCAAAGUCCUUUGUACGGCUCCACCAAUAAACGAUGUUCCGUAACGACGGGACGGCGGCGCUCACAGCUCCCGUUUCUCCACGGGCCGGGGCUGCGUCCCCUCCCCGCCCCCCGCUGCUGGGCCGCCUUCAAGUCGAACAAACUCCUUUUCCUGCCUCCUUUCGUUGCGUUGCCCUCGGCAUCUCGCGAUGCUCGGCGCUGCGCUCCUCUCCCCGGAUUCGUGCCGUCGCCCCCCCUGCAUGGAGAGGAAAAAGGAAGAAAAACACCCCCCCCCCAUUUUGCCUUUCCAGGCCGCUUUCCGCUGCUUUUCACAGCGGGAGCUCAUUGAUCUCGGCACAAACACCCUCAAAAUAAAAACAGGAAAACGGCUGCAGUGAGGACGCGAUUCUGCUCCCUGACCCCGAGCGCUGCGGUGGGGGGGGGGGGGG